AUGACUACAGAAUCAGCACCCAAGUGCGUUAUUGACGACGUAAUUCUCAACCCCGAGACCUUGAAAGAUAUGGAAAACAUUGCACUUUCCUUCUUCGCCUCGGCCUGUGGAAGGAACCGUGGAGCCUUUGUGUUGCAUCCGCCAGAUGGCCAAACGUACAGUUGCCUCCAACUCCCUGAGAACAUUGUCGAUCUUUCUGGUGCCGAAUCCGUCGACGACAGCGUCAAGAUUACAACUUCCAACGACAUUCAAAACCAGUACAUUGGUGGAAAUAUUACGGCUUCGGAUACCUUGAGUAUGCUCAACUUUUUGAUUGACAGUGUCUAUCAAUCGACCCCAGAAGUGGAAGCGACUCCUUUUGCCUGUGAAUUCAAUGGUCUGGCCAAAUUGGAAUGCGGCAAGGAGAACAUGAAAUCCUCCGUAUUGCUUGCCAGUGGUGAACCCAUUCGAUCUGCCACCUUGGCAGGGCUUUUCGUGCCAGCUCCAUGGGCCACGGGAGGCAAGACUUUGACAUUGAAGCAAGCCGAAAAGUUCUACACCGAGAAGGAUUUCAUGGAUAUGAAAUCGGCUGGAUUGAAUACCGUGCAAAUUGCGGUUCCUACUGCUGCCUUUGAUCCAAAGGAUGAACUUGGUCAACCAAUCAUGAGUUUGCUCGAAACCAUUUUGAAAAACGUCAGCGACGCCGGUCUGGUGGCCAUUCUCAACAUUGUCAGCACGGGUGACGAAUUGGACAAGGUCGUCGCAGCGGCUACCUUUUGUGAUCAAACCGAAGGAGUCUUGGCCAUGACGAUUCCCUCGGAAACCAUGCUGGAUCCAAAGAGUGUCGUCGAUUCCAUUCGAGUUCUGGCUCCCGACUUUCCCAUCUUUUUGCCAGUGAGUCAAGCGGAUCUGACCAACCUGCCCGCAUGGACCCUGAACGACAAGAAUCUAUUUGGAGCAUUGGAAACCUCCCAUAUGGGAACCGUAGCCGACAUUGCCUCGUCGACUUCCAAAGAGGACCGAUCCAAAAUGUUCUAUCACGAAGCCACCACGUGCAUGGCUCGGUCGACCAUGGAAUUUGCCUCUUGCUUUGGAAACCUACCUCUAUUUUUGUCAUCUGGAUUUGACUUGAGUAUUGACGACUGCGUCAAUUAUUCGUUGCCAGGAUUUGCUGACUAUGGACAAUGCGAUCGGUUCGACGAGACCACUGAUUCUCCCUUUUGGGAAAGACAUCGCAUGAGCUUUGCGGCUCGUCAAGUCUUUGCCUACGAACAAGGGAUGGGGUGGUCCUUUGCCGCCUGGAAACUUUAUGACAAUGACGAGGUCGGAACUUUGGAUAAGGUCGAAAAAUUGAUGGCGCUACAAGAUGUCAUGGGAGCAGGCCUCUUUCCCGAGCUGGAUGGCCCAACCGUUGCCACGGAAGCUUGCUUGAAUCCUCCAAAGGUUGACUUCAUCUUGGGGGACGAUACCCUGGCACCUUCGAUGGGGCCACCGCCGGAUUGUGGAAAUGGAUGGUGGAACUAUGAAACGAGUCAAUGCGACUACUGGAUCCCACCAACCCCUGCUCCCACGGAAGGUUGUCCGGAAUGUGUUGCGACGACUCCAGCAAAUGCUACUGGAGCUGCCUUGAUUGGAGCCCUCCUUGGUGGUGCAGUGGUUGGAGGAAUUGUUUGGAAGCUGUUGGGCAACAAACGAAAUGACUAUGAUACUAUUCCAAACUAA